GAAACGUCCGUCACCGAAACCUGUCCUUCCCUUACCCGCGUGUGGUUGUUAAAGAUGGCGUCCCGUAAAGAGUCUGUUCCUGCAACUAGCGCUACAAUAACUACUACGGCCGGAACUUUGGACUCUCCUGUCAAACAGAUCCAAAUCGAGGGCCUGGUGGUGCUGAAGAUUAUCAAGCACUACCAGGAAGAGGGCCAGGGAAGCGAAGUGGUUCAGGGUGUCCUGCUGGGCCUGGUGGUCGAUGACCGGCUGGAGAUCACCAACUGCUUCCCCUUUCCCCAACACACUGAAGAUGAUGCAGACUUCGAUGAAGUCCAGUACCAGAUGGAAAUGAUGCGCUCCCUGCGUCACGUCAACAUUGACCAUCUGCAUGUGGGCUGGUACCAGUCCACCUACUACGGCUCCUUUGUCAGCCGAGCGCUGCUCGACUCCCAGUUCAGCUACCAGCAUGCCAUUGAAGAGUCAGUUGUUCUCAUCUAUGACCCAAUAAAGACAGCCCAAGGCUCCCUGUCACUCAAGGCUUACAGGCUUACUCCAAAACUCAUGGAGAUCUGCAAAGAGAAAGAUUUCACACCUGAGGGCUUGAAGAAGGCAAACAUUGGCUUCGAGCAUAUGUUUGAGGAGGUGCCUAUUGUCAUCAAGAAUUCCCACCUCAUCAACGUACUGAUGUGGGAACUGGAAGACAAGUCCACGGUCGCCGACAAGCAUGAACUACUCAACCUCUCAAGCAGCAACCACUUGGAGAAGAGCCUUCAGCUUCUGAUGGACAGAGUGGAUGACAUGAGCCAAGAAAUUGUCAAAUAUAACACCUACAGCCGCAACCUGAGUAAGCAACAGCAGCAGAAGCAUCAGUACGUCCAGAGGCGGCAGCAGGAGAACACACAGCGACAGAGCAGAGGGGAGCCCCCGCUGCCUGAGGAGGACAUCACCAAAAUGUUCAAGCCCCCCCAGCCUCCACCCCGCAUGGACUCGCUGCUCAUUGCAGGGCAAAUUAACAACUACUGCCAGAACAUUAAGGAAUUCACCUCGCAGAACCUCGGGAAGCUGUUCAUGGCAGAGGCUCUCCAAGGCCACAACUAGGGGACAAGCGCAGCGGAGGGAUUUCCAACAGAGAAAAAGAAAGUACAGAGAGCUAGGGAAGAAAGAAAAGGUAACGGAGAUGCAAAACCACCUUGGCAACAACUGGAGGACUGCACUGUUGUUUUUCUAAAAAUUGAUCCAUUGCUUUAAUGCCCAACCACAUCUUGGAUUUAAAAAAAGUGUCUUUGAAAAAUCACUUGGUUUUGGUUUAAAUAAAAGAAUCUCUACAUCUUC